CCCAAAUUAAUUAAUCACCCAAAAAACCAAAAUAAGUUGCUACAGUCGCCACAUUUUCUAUGUGCUCGGUGCCAACAAAAUUGUCUCUCCGUCUCCGGUAAAGACAGCAAUGUUCGUUUCCGACAAACCUCGUCCCAAUGAAUUCUACAAAGACGAUACCACCAAUUCCUCCACCACCGCACGCAACAUGAUCAUCGAUGGAGAUCUACAGCCCCACAAUCACCAUCACCACAAUCUUCAUCAUCUCCAGCCGCAACAGAUUCUUCUCCUCGGAGAAAGCAGCGGCGGCGAGGAUCACGAAGUCAAACCCCCCAAGAAACGAGCGGAGACCUGGGUACAAGACGAGACUCGUUCCCUGAUCAUGUUCCGCCGAGGCAUGGACGGUCUCUUCAACACCUCCAAAUCCAACAAGCAUCUCUGGGAGCAGAUCUCGGCCAAGAUGAGGGAGAAAGGGUUCGACCGGUCUCCGACCAUGUGUACCGAUAAGUGGAGGAAUCUGCUGAAGGAGUACAAAAAGGCCAAGCAUCAGGACAGGGGGAAUGUGUCGGCGAAGAUGUCUUAUUACAAGGAGAUUGAAGAUAUUCUGAGGGAGAGGAGUAAGAAAGUGACACAGUAUAGCAAGAGUCCUACUAAUACGCCCAUUGCUAAAGUUGAUUCCUUUAUGCAAUUUACUGAUAAAGGUUUUGAUGAUCCGAGCAUUCCUUUUGGAUCCGUUGUUGAAGCUAAUGGCAGGCCGGCGUUAAACCUUGAAAGGAGUCUUGAUCAUGAUGGUCAUCCUCUUGCAAUCACUGCAGUUGAUGCUGUUCCAGCCAAUGGAGUUCCUCCUUGGAACUGGAGAGAGACUCCUGGAAACGGUGGUGAUGCUCAUGGUCAACAGCCUUUUGGUGGGAGGGUCAUAACUGUGAAAUUAGGCGACUAUACAAGAAGAAUCGGUGUUGAUGGUACUGCUGAAGCAAUCAAAGAGACAAUCAGGUCUGCUUUUAGAUUAAGAACCCGGAGGGCGUUUUGGUUAGAAGAUGAAGAUCAGGUUGUUCGUUGUCUUGACCGAGACAUGCCCUUAGGGAACUACCUACUCCAUGUCGAUGAUGGACUGGCCAUCAGGGUUUGCCACUAUGAUGAUUCCAACCAGUUACCAGUCCAUACGGAAGAGAAAAUCUUCUACACGGAAGAAGAUUACCGCGACUUUCUGGCUAGACGAGGGUGGACAUGUCUACAGGGUGAUGGCUUUAGGAACAUAGACAACAUGGAUGAUCUUCAGCCUGGUGCUGUCUACCGAGGAGUGAGAGAGAGGAUGUGAUCUCAGAACUUUUUUGUCCAAGUCCAUCCAUCAACGGCUAAUCGAAUCACAGAACUGUCCCUGUAAAUAUAUAUUUCCAUUCCCAUUGUAAAUUCCCGCUCAGUAGGACAAAAAGUUUGGAUUCACCUUACAGGCCAAUAAGUCCUCAAAUUGUAUUUUUGUUUUGUUGCAUUUUGGAAUAAACAAGAGGCGUGAGUGGUGUCAGCCACUCUUCAUCUUAUACGUCAUUCAUGUAAAGAAUAAAGUGUGUCGAGUCCCUUGUGAACCUGCAGAAGAAAACAAACUUUCUGAUC